AUGGCAUGCGAAACGUGCCGCUCCCAAGCCCGGACCCUCCUCCGGGCUGCAACCCGGAGGGCCCCUUCGACGACGAAGCGAUAUAUCUCCAGCGUCGGCCCAGCUGCUGCCGCUCGAAAUACCUCCAUUGGCAGCCAGUACCCCUCCAGGGAGCUGCAGUAUCGAACCUUCAGCCAGACAGCCCCGGCCAGCAUGGCGCCCAAGUUCAGCGCCGCAACAAGCGGGCCGUAUUUCGUCGUCGGAGCGACGGAACGGCUCUACAAAGUCUGCGGCGAGGCCGCCAACUACCACAUCACCGAGGAGGAGCGCAACAGCGACAAGGUCGUCCGGUUAGACGACGGCGAGGAGGUCGGGACAUCCAUUGCCGCCAACAGUGUCUGGCACAAGAAAUUCAAGCUCCGCCCAACAUUCAGCACAUGGUCACACGUCACCAUGCUGCACCUCUACCUCCUCAACGCACGCGUGCGCUGCUUCGAGCGCGACGUCUACCGGCGCUGGCAGCAGCAGCUCAUCGACCACUUCUUCUUCGAGGCCGAGAAGAAGAUGCACGUCGACCACCACAUCACCUCCUCGGCGCUGCGCCAGCGCUACCUCAAGGACAUCUUCGUCCAGUGGCGCGGCCUCCUCCUCGCCUACGACGAGGGCCUCAUCAAGGGCGACGCCAUCCUCGCCAGCGCCGUCUGGAGGAAUCUGUUCAAGGGCGACCCGGACGUCGACCCCCGCGCCCUCGCCGCCAUCGUCGGGUGGAUGCGGGCCAGCCUCAAGGCCCUCGAGGCCACCUCGGACUACACGUUCCCCAACAGGGCGAGCGAGGUUCUGUCGGUGCCCGUCGAGAACUUCUGGAACACGCCGGAGAAGGGGUUCAAUGCGAAGCCGCAGGAGGCGUUGAAGGCGACGGAAACCGUGCCAGAAGCUACCGCACAGGUAUGA